CCCCAGAGGGGCUCUGUAAAAUCCACCAUUUUGUCAGGAAAGAACGUUUCUGUCGUUAUAUGUGUAGUUGCUUGCAUAUGUGCUUUUUCAGCCACGAAAGGGAAAAUCACCAAGACAUAGGUCAUAGUAUUCAAAGUUUUUAGAACAAAGAGACAAAAAGUGUAAUGUGAAACAGGCUGAGCUUUCGUGGCUGUGGGCUGGAGGAGGGACAAGAGGGAGGAACACACAGAGAGGCGGGCAACAACACAGACAUCUGGAAAUAAUUGGGGAGAGUAGGGGGGAGGGAGGGAGAGAGAUCUGUUUACAAAAGGGAACAAAACAAAUUCUGGACUUACAUGUAAGUGUCAGAAUUGGGGAUGGAGACAACUGGAGAAAGCACGCGACACAGUCUACCAGUUACGAAUAAUAUAGAAGAGUAGAAAAAGAAGAUAAAGCCUAGUUCACAGUACAAUACAAAGGAGAUCUGAAAGCAAAGAUCAAACCCAGGGAUUGAAGGAAGCAGUAGUUACAAAGAGGAGCUUGGACAAUACAAGACAACUGACACUCAUCCUCAGGAUGUCGGUGUCUCAGAGGUGUUUGUGCUGUGUCAAAUAUUUGAUGUUUGUCUUAAACCUUAUCUUCUGGCUAGGAGGAUGUGGCCUAUUUGGAGUUGGAGUAUGGCUGUCCUUCACACAGGCAGAGUUUUCCUCUCUUCCUCUGUCCUUUCCAUCCCUCUCAGCUGCCAAUCUGCUGCUAGUUGCUGGUGGCAUAACCAUGGUCACUGGCUUCCUGGGUUGUCUUGGAGCCCUCAAGGAGCAGCGCUGCCUGUUGUUCAUGUUCUUUGUGAUCCUUUUGCUCCUUGUCCUGACAGAGGUGACUCUAGUGUUGGUUAUACACAUCUUCCAUGACAAGCUGGAUUCCAAAGCACAACGUGAAUUAAAGGAAGGUAUGAAGAUUUAUAAAUCAAAACCUGGACUGAAGAAAUCCUGGGACAAUGUGCAGAAAAUGUUCAAAUGCUGUGGAGUAACAAACAAAACAGACUGGUAUGAUGUGCUGAAUGGAACGCUACCCUCAUCCUGCUGCUCUGUUGGGAUGGAAAAGUGCAUUGACGGAUGGAGUGAGCCGUGCUAUCAGAAGGCCAGGCAGUGGCUGCUUAUUAACAUCCCCUCAGUCCUGGUGUUUGGAGUCUGUAUUGGUGUUGUACAGAUAUUGGCUCUGGGGUUCUCCAUGCUGAUGUACUGUCAAAUUCUGUGUGCAGAGAAGCACUUGGACUAAGUGCAGACCAGAUGUUCGCUCUCCUGUAUUAUCACAAUCUCCUCAAGGAUCUAAAUUUGGGUUACAAAUUCCCUGUAGGAUUCCCCUCAAAUCCCCUCAAAACACGUAAUAGACAUGGGGCAGUAUAAACAAAGCCAGCAACAGACUGAGGAAGAAGAGUUGACAGAAAAUGAUGAGCAAUGCUGGUUGUCUUUAUACCAGUCAUAUGAAUUUAAUAUCAUGCACCUCACCACAGCUCAACAAUGAUGUUUUGUUUUAUCUGUGUCAUCCUUCAGCUGCCAGCCAUAACAAGUCACAAUUACCUAAAUGCAUUGCUCCUCCAGGGAAACACGGCUCCAAUGUCCUCUUAAUACUUAACAAAACAAAUAUCUGCCUCUUCUUGUUUUACAGCAUCUUGUUUCUUUUUUAGGACAUGCAAUAAGAUUAACCUAAUCAUUAACCCCAACCGGAUGUCAAGAGUGAAAGAGAGUAAACCUGAAUCAUCUGGUUGUGUGUUAGGGCAAGCAUUAUGAUGGGGGAAAUGCUUUUUGAAAAGCAGGCACCACUGUAAAACAAAACAGACAGAGAGAAAACACUGAAAGAAGAGAAAAUAGUUUAUGGAGCACUUUGUUAAUAAUUUCAGGCCUUGCAUCUUAUGCACUUUGAAUGUGUCUGCUUUAGUGACUCUACAGCCACUCUUAUUUCAAUCUAAUUUAUCUAACCAUUAUCCUUUAUUGUCCGUAUUUACCAUAUAAGUCUAUCGAACCUUAUAUUUUUCAUUGGAGCAUAUACAUAUAGAUUAUCUGUUAAGGCUCAACAGCCAGAUAUGGCAGUAGUAUUGUAUUAUAGACUAGUAACGAUGUUGCAUGCCUGUUCAAAAUGUGCAUGAUGGUGCGUGGCACAAUGACAAAAAAUAGCCAGAAUGGAUUGACACUUCCUAGCAGUGGAAUGAUUUAGGCUGGCCCUGUCUUCUUGUGAACUAAAUUGGCUGUUUUAUUCAGUUUGGUUGAUUUAAGAAAAUAAACCACUUCUGGAAGAGCGGUAAGGCUUAAAAAUGACCACAGCCUAAAGAAGCUUGUUUCUCUGUGCCACUAGCAAAAAGGGAUAAAUAUAGAGAAGGAUACAGCUGCACUGACUGGCAUGUUCAUUCUUCGUGAUCAACAUAGACCCGUCAAGAGCUUUGUAAAACUAUGCCAUGAAUAGGUCUGUAUUUACUGAUUUUGCUUUGUUGAUGAUCAGCUGAGAUUAAUAAAUGUUCAAAAUAAUAAAGGAACAUAUCAAUGCA